CUGGGAUGUCAUCUAUGACCUCAAGCCUGUCGACUGGUUCCGCCUCAUCCACGGGUCUUGCCUCAUCCGUGAACUCCCCGAGCGUGCCUACCUCAACACAGACGAGCGCCAGUGGCCCUUCGAGCACGCCUGUCACCUCUUCCACCCCGACUAUUGCCGCUUUGGCUAUAGGACAAGACUUUCCUGCUGGAAUCGUUACAUCGCUCCCUUCCGGCAGCAAUCUCAUCCUCGCUCUGGCUAACCUCAACGCACAACGUAUGCGUGUCCUUCGACGCCAGGACUCAGAUUCAGCAGCCGCAACUGCAGCCGUUUCAGCGCCACCCAUAGCCGUCGUUGAUUUGUCUCCAACGAACACCUUGGACGCCAGUGCUUCAGCAGUACCAACAGGACAAAACUCUGUUUCUGAGGAUAAUUGUGACUCAGCGUCACCGCUCGGUUUGGUUAACGGGUCGCUUUUGACCGGUGGCUCCGCAGCCAUUGCCAAACCGCUAGGAGCUUCUUCAGCAGCACUCGCGCCUCUGGCAUUCAAUGCUUCUGUUGAUCAGGUCAAUACAGGCUUCUCCUUUGACGAUGGUAUUCUGCAAUGGAAUACAGAUGACGUUGGUGAAGCAAGCUUUUACUCUUGCGAUGGAGUGAUUUGGGCUGGUUUCCCAGAUCCGCCAACGGAUGCUGGAACCUGUGAGCCGGUCGUGGUUGGUGCGAUAGGAGCUCAAGCUUGCGCAGCUAGAAUCGAGGCCGACGGUGGAACUGUGAACCCCGACCUGACAGCGCCAGUUGCAGAUGACGGUGACUCGAGCAGUACAACCUCUACUGUCUAUACUACGACCUCGGUGACAAUUACAAGCGCGCUAUACACAACGCUUUCGACGACAAGCUCUCUCGUCCAAAUCUUUUCGAUAUCGGACUCCAUUGUUACAGUACCCCCAACACCAGAGCCCGCCACGACACCGGUCACAACGACAAGUUCUCUUGACACGUCGCUUUCGACCUCUGCCUCCCCGAGCACCAGUCAAACUCCAUCUAGCGGCAUGAUAACCACAUCUUUCACCAGUAUCUCCGUCACCAGUUCCGGCUACACUGGGAGCAAUACCACCACGAUGACCAGUACGUCUCCGAUGCAAGCUUCAAUUACAACAAUGACCACCACUUCGACUGCGCCGUUGGUGUGUAACCAGGACGACUGCUUGCGAAAUGUCUACGACACAAGGUACUACAGUAUGGCGAUGACUUUUUGUCCCACAUUCACGAUGCCUUCGGCGAACCAGACACUCCCAACAUGGCUGGGCAAUUGUGGAAAUGAUACGGAAGCCACCUCAGCGUGCGAUUGCCUUUUAGCUUCGCCUACUUUGAGCAGCAAUGGGACGACUUCGACGACCUCCGCGUACUUUACGACGACGUCAAAUCCAACAUCGCUGACGACUGCAACUUCCUCAAACAAUGGUUCGACUACAUCGACAUCAAUGAGUGCCACAGCUCCUUUCGCUAUGUCUAACAGCUCGAGUACAACUGGAGGCCCAACAGCCGGCGGCACAAGCUUCACUACAUCUUCUAGUUCGACCAGUUCAUACAAUACUUCCUCAACAUCAACAACUGCAAACAGUACCUCGUCUAGCUCGUCGACCUUGGCCAGCACCGGCACCGGCAGCGGCAGCAUGGCGACCGGCACGGGUUCGAGCGGCAUGAAACGCGAUACUUCGAACAGGUUCUACAACACAGACCUUGAAGCACUGUUGAAACGACGAGCACGGUUGCAGCCAGAGAUGGGCGAGGAUGACAUCGAGAGAUGAGAUGGGACAAUGGCGUCGAUCUAGAAUGAGAGCUUGAGAACGAGAACGGUGUGCAAGCUUUUCAUUGGAUGUUGGACGGAUGGGAAGGGAGUUCUGCGUUGUCAGUAAGGAGUCAGAAUGUUGUUAGUACUUUCUUUUGCUUUUGCUUUUGAGUUUAAGACGGUUGGCAAGGAGAGUUUCUGCUUGACA